CGUAAAACCGGGACGAUAGCCAAAGUUCGCUAAGCAAUUAUAGCAAUUGGAUGGAGGGAUUGGUAAAAGCCCAUCAGAGAGAGGGCCGAAUCAUUUAACGUUUAGUUUUAUUUUGGCUUGGUGUACGACGGUAUCCGGUUGUGGGUAUUAACUGUUGGAUUGUCAUCAUCCGAGGAAAUAAGAUAUUUAAUUUUUAGGAUCAAGCACAAGGGAAAAGUGUCCUUCAACACCAUCAUCAGGGCAACAGAAAAGCGCCAGGAUGGAGGCGAUAAAGAAAAAAAUCGCGGCGUUGAAGAUGGAGAUGGAUGCAGCUAAUGAGAUGGUAGAAGCCAAUGAAACUAAAGCGAGACAACAAAAUCAGCGAGCUGAUUUUCUCUAUGAUGAGGUGCGUGAUACAUCUAAAAAAUUAGUAACGCUUGAGCAUGAUUACGAAGUUGCCAAAGUUAGUCUCGAGACUCAAACAGUAGCUCUGGAACAAUGUGAAAAAUCAUGGACCAAGGCAGAGCAAGAUCGAACUGUGCUGACAAAGCGAGUCCAAGAAAUUGAACAGAGUCUCUCAAAAAAAGAGGAAUUGCGUUUACUCGCUCAGGCAAAACUCGAGAAAGCUGUGGAAUUGGCUGAUGAUGCUAAACGAAUGUGUAAAGUACUUGAGGAUCGAAAUCGUCUUGAUCUUGAACGUAUGGAGAAGCUUACCUCUGAAUUGAAAGAUGCAAGGCUGAUUGCUGAAGAUGCUGACAAUAAAUCUGAGGAGAUAGCUAAUAAAUUGUCGUGGGUCGAGGAGGAGCUUGAAGCUGCUGAAGAGAGAGUUAAAAAUAGCGAGGCAAAGAUUGUUGAGCGCGAGGAUGAACUGUUUAUCGUGAAGAACAUCGUCAAGUCUUUGGAAGUGUCCGAACAGAAGGCAAAUCAACGUGUCGCCGAUUCCAAAAUACAGCUCAAGGAGCUGAAGGGAAAAGUGAAAGCUGCUGACAAGCGCGCUAUCCUAGCAGAAAAAGCUGUCAGGGCAUUGCAGAAGGAAGUGGAUAUGAAAGAAGAUGACCUCAGAGAACAAAAGGAAAAAUGCCGGGAAAUCACGGAUGAACUCGACUUGACAUUCGCCGAAAUGACAGGCUAUUAAAGCUGAUCAAAUUUUAAUGAAUUAUGCUUUGAAAUUCGCUAAAUCCAUGAAUCAAUGAAAGCCCAUCAUUACCAUCAUCAUCAUCAUCGUCAUCAUCAGCUUCACACUUUAUUUUAGCUUGCGUACCCAUUGGCUUUUAAUCGAGUGCACGCUAUCUAACGAAGAAUACUUUUAAUUCGGCCUUUUAAACUCUUUUAAAAAUAACUCAUGCGUACACGCACAGCUUGUAACUGCGAAUUGAGUGAGCCACUUCUUUAGGUUGAAUUUAAAACAUUUAGUCAUAUUAUCAAAGACUCACGCAUUGAUACCAUUGCUGCGGUGCUUUUUUUUCUUUCGCAACAUUGAAUUAUUGCCACCAUUGGAAUAUUUUAUUGAGAGCAAAUUAUUAUUUUAUUUUCAGAACAAGGAAAUGACAAAACAUGUCGGAUUUGCUUACGUCAUCGAAUAAUCAACGAUUUAAUUACUUCUUCAUGACAUUUCUUCCUCCUCGAUAUUUUUAAUGUAUAUGAAAUUUGUGUUUUCAAUAAAUACUCAUAACCGAGGAAA